AUGCUGCCUAGGGCGAGGCAGUGGCUUCUCAGACGUUUCAUUUACAUAACCGUCAUCACGUUCGGUAUAGUCCCUUGUUGUAUUCCUGGGCCACCUCCGGCAAGGACACGCAAUUCUCCGCGAUCACCUCUGUGGGCAGUCCAGGAAGCAGACGCACUGGAGGACCCUCUUGGGCCAAGGCCCAGCCUACGCAGGGCUCAGUCAACCCAAGUCAUUGCAGGCACACGCAGCAAGACACUGAGAGAGAUAGUCGACGAAGGAGUUCCGCCAUAUAUCUGGGACAAGAAUAGUCCGUACUACGUCGCCCCGAAAAACACUUUUUUGUCAGAGUGCCAAAAAGCGGACAAGAAGCGCAGAGAGGCCAAAGAGAAACGGAGAAGAGAGAAAGAGAGAAGUCGAGUGUGCCGCCAGGUGGACGGAUCCAGAUCAGUUUCACCUUCUCCAGGCGUGAGCCGGUCCAAUUCAAUUGCCUUCAACAAGAACAGUCCAGUACAGCGCCUGAGCACGAUGAUCGAGUCGCUCCGGGAUUUGAAGCACGAGAAGAGCGGCAGCUACGAACACCUAGCACUGGAGCGAACAGCCAGCCAGAUUCUCCAUCACAUGGAGGACAAGGACAGCGAGGAUUCUUUGGAAAGUACAAGGACAAGAGUAUUGUCGAACGCCCGAGCGAUCUACGGAGCGAAUCGGUGUCUCGACGUGAUAAGCUUCGCCCCGACUUCCUCAAGAAGAAUUGGAGCCGCCAUCAUCGAACACAAUCCAACGAGUAGGUCGUAUAUCCACUGCUCCUCGGCCAAAGAGAAGUCGCGCCUCGCUGCUCUUGAGCAUCUUCUCGUCAUCACUGAGGAUUUACUUCAACGACUCAUAGACGCAGAAGGCAUAACAAGCAGUGGAUGGCUGCCAGCUACAGCUCAAUCCCAACAUGCCGUCACAUACAGCAUCGCAAGUGCAGCGGGUAGCGCAAUGAAUGAAAGUGUGGCAGGAAGUGUACCGGCGAGUCGAAGAAGCAGCGUAGCGCCGCAAGAUCAUGUCAAUUCCCACGACUGCAGUCCAGGCUAUAGUGGUCAUCCUUUGCAGAAGACGCUGCUUAUUCGUGGCAACAGCGACACGACAUUCCAUGGUCUGUCGCCACAACAGCCGCCGCUUCAAGGCCUCCCCCGAACAGCCAGUGACUUCAUCAAGCAGCCUGUGCCUGUGCCUGUCGGUGCGCACUCGGGCCAGAAUCGAGGGCGUGUGCAGUGGAAUCUGGGGUCAUUCAAUACGAACAUUGCUACUCUACCAUGUCGUACUUUGAUUGUCGAUGAAAGGCAGACGCGGCUGGUUCCACUACGUCAGCUCGUGGCAGGAGAGGCUCAAGGGCCUACUUCCAAGUACCUGCGCUCGAAUGCUGAUGUGAUGCCGUCUUCCUUCACAACCCUCGGUGAUGCCUAG